GCGGACUCCAAGUUUAAUCCCACCUAAAAGUAUUUUCCUCUUAUACCAACCCCGAAAUCCCAAUCAAGUUGGCAAACGAAAAAUAAAAAAGAAUGAACUAGUUUCCUUCAGAGCAAGUGUAAAUCCAAAUUUCCAAUAGCGAAGUAUAGCUAAUAGCCCUCCGCAAAUUUUCAUACCAACGGAGAUACUGCAACAACAGAAAAAAAAUGGUGGCACAUUUUGAAGGAUGAUGUCAUUUUGUCAACCAAUCAGUAGAAAAUUUUGAGAAACAUCUUUCAUGUAGGGAACCCGCAGCCGCUACACUUUGGGUGCGCACAUGGUAAACUCUGCUCCUGUGCAAUAGCCUGCAAACCACACAGGGGAGGUAACCUGCACUAGGCAAGCCUCGUGUGACGAGCUUGACCCAGAAGGCAAAUCCCCUACUAUCGUAGGCAGGGGGUUUUGACCCUGAGACCUCCAUUGUGGAAGUCUCAUGUUCAACCAACUGAGCCACCCUUGCGGGUACAUGGGAAUGGAAAAGCUGUCAUUUGGAGAAUCUAAAUUUUGUUGGAACUGCUGGUGCUGCUUUUUGGUUGCACAAACAGGCUGGUAAGGAGAUUGUCAAUAUCUUGUCAGGAUCAAUAGUGCCAUGUCAGUGCUGAGGUCAAUAUUGCCAUGUCACAGAGGUAGAUUAUUAUUGGCCUUCAGAUGUUGGCGUUCCACAAAAUCUCUGCCAGUCUCCUCUUUCUGUUGCAAGUUAUACUCAAGUGGAAGUUGCAAUGAGGUAUUAUCAAAUGGUAUUGCAAGCAAGGAAAAAGAGUUUGAUUUUGAGCGUUUAUUCCACUCUUGUACCAAAAUCUACAUUCUGAAGUGCCUUCAUGCCCUUCUCGUUGUGUCAGGGAAGGCUCAGAGUAUCUUUAUUGGCACCAGACUUGUGAAUCUUUAUGCUCACUUGGGUGACGUUUCUUUGUCACGGAAGACUUUCUGCAUGAUAGAGAAUAAAGAUGCUUAUACCUGGAAUUCGAUGGUAUCAGCUUAUGUUCGUAAUGGUCAUUUCCGUGAAUCUCUGAAUUGUUUGAAUGAAAUGUUGUCCACAGGUGAUGUUAAGCCUGACUUCUACACUUUUCCUCCAGUGUUGAAAGCUUGUGAUAAUAUAAUCGAUGGUAUAAGGAUACACUGCUGGGCUUCAAAACUUGGGUUAGAGUGGGAUGUGUUUGUAGCUGCCUCCUUGGUGCAUAUGUAUUGCCGUUUCCAAUCUUCUACUGUUGCCUUUAGAAUUUUUAAGAACAUGCCUUAUCGGGAUAUGGGUUGUUGGAAUGCUAUGAUAUCUGGGUUUUGUCAGAAUGGAAAUGCUAUGGAGGCAUUGAGCCUGUUGGAUGAGAUGAGAUUAGAGGGUAUAAAAAUGGAUUCAGUGACUAUUGCAACAGUACUUCCUAUAUGUGCACAGCUUGGUGAUAUUGUGCAUGGGAUGUUAAUUCACUUGUAUGUUAUAAAGCAUGGACUAGAAUUAGAUGUCUUUGUAUCGAAUGCCUUAAUAAACAUGUAUGCCAGAUUUGGUGAGUUAAGACAUGCACAAAAAGUAUUUGAUGAUAUGAUGGCAUUAAGAGAUUUAGUAUCAUGGAACUCUUUAAUUGCUGCAUAUGAGCAAAAUAAUGUUCCCGAAAAAGCACUGAAGUACUUUCAAGCGAUGAUGAUAACUGGGAUUCGGCCUGACUUGUUGACGUUGGUGAGCUUAGCUUCUAGUAUAGCUCAGACCAAAAGUUUUCGUUGUUGCGGAUCAGUUCAUGGAUUUAUAUUGAGGAGAUCUUGGAUUCAGAAAGAUGUUAUUAUUGGUAAUGCUGUUGUGGAUAUGUAUGCAAAAUUGGGUCUUAUUCAUUGUAGUCGUAAGGUUUUUGAUGAGAUCCCUAUUAAGGAUGUAGUGUCAUGGAACUCAAUGAUCACAGGUUAUGCUCAAAAUGGACUUGCAAGUGAGGCUAUUGAAAUUUACAACAUGAUGAAAGAGUGUGAUAACAUAGCUCCAAACCAAGGAACUUGGGUGAGCAUUUUGCCAGCUUAUGCUUAUCUAGGAGCAUUGCAAGAAGGAACAAGGACUCAUGGGUAUGUUUUCAAAGUAGCUCUUAAUUUGGAAGUCUUUGUUGGUACCUCCCUCAUUGACCUUUAUGGAAAAUGUGGAAGACUGGAUGAUGCCAUGUCUUUGUUUCAUGAGGUGCCUAGGAUGAGUUCAGUCCCUUGGAAUGCCAUAAUAUCAUGUCAUGGUAUUCAUGGACGUGGUAGGGUUUCUCUGAAGCUAUUCAAUGAUAUGCUGGAUGAAUGUGUUAAACCAGAUCAUGUAACAUUUUUAUCUCUAUUGGCAGCUUGUAGCCAUUCAGGGUUAGUUGAUGAAGGUAAAAGAUACUUUCAAAUGAUGGAGCAAGAGUUUGGCAUCAAACCUGUUCUAAAGCACUAUAGCUGCAUGGUUGAUCUGUUUGCUAGGGCUGGGCGCCUAGAAACGGCAUACCAUUUUAUAAAAAGCAUGCCUUUGCAGCCUGAUGCUUCAGUUUGGGGUGCUCUUCUUGGUGCAUGUAGAGUACAUGGAAAUGUUGAGCUGGGUAAAUUGGCUUCAGAUCAUUUGUUUGAAGUCGAUCCAGAGAAUGUUGGGUAUUAUGUUGUGCUGUCUAACAUGUAUGCUAAUUAUGGGGAAUGGGAGGGGGUGAAUGAAGUGAGAUCAUUGGUUAGAGACAGGGGGUUGAAGAAGACUCCUGGAUGGAGCUCAAUUGAACUAAACAAUAAGAUUGAAGUCUUUUAUACGGGAAAUCAGUCUCAUCCACAAUGCGAUGAGAUAUAUGAGGAAUUAGGUAUUUUAACUGCUAAGAUGAAGACCUUAGGUUAUACUCCAGACUAUACCUUUGUAUUGCAAGAUGUUGAGGAUGAUGAAAAGGAACAAAUUCUUACCAGUCAUAGUGAGAGAUUGGCUAUUGCUUAUGGAAUUCUAAACACUCCUCCUAAAAGUCCAUUACGGAUCUAUAAGAACUUGCGGGUUUGUGGCGACUGUCACAAUGUGACUAAACUAAUUUCUAAGAUAACAGAGAGAGAGAUUAUUGUAAGGGACUCCAAUCGCUUUCAUCACUUCAAGAAUGGUAUUUGUUCGUGUGGGGAUUACUGGUAACAUGCGCCCCAUAGUUUUGCAGAGAAAUUUUAACCUUCAGGUUGAUAUCAUCAUAGUAUAGCUGCUGCAAGAAAUGUAAUUUGUUCUUCUCAAGCUGCGGUACUGUCCUGUGAAUGAUGAAUUCUCGCACUCUGGAAUGGAAUAGAGAUUUUUAUGAAGAGACUAGGGAUAGCAACGGGGUGGUGCGGGUUUAGACAUAUGCGGGUUCGGUGCGGGGCGGUGCGGGUUUAGACAUAUGCGGGUUCGGUGCGGGGCGGUGUGAGUGUUAUACUUAUAACUUCAGGCUAUCUCUAUUUAUUUUUAUUUUUUUGCCCUCGUUCUUCCUGUCUCGGCAGUGCUCCCUAUCUCUUAUUUGUGUGUCCAUUGUUAUUAGACUUUUCAUGCAUAAACUUUAUCUGGAAUAGUCAAUCAUAAUAUAAAAAACUACUCCAACUAUUCCUGAAAGAAAAACUUUGGGGAAGAUCAAGUAGACUAAGAACUAUGUAUCUAAGGUAAUUUCAUGUUUCUAGUGCACAGUGCACACUAGCCAACUUUGGUUAUUUAUCUGAUGCAUUAUUAGUUACUGUUUGUUCUGGAGAGUUUAAUGGUUUAAAUAAACUUAAUUAUGAGAUGGUUAUGUGUUUUUCUGUUUUUCAGGUAGUUCAUAAUGUAAGAGUUAAAUCUAGAUAUUUAAUAGCUGCUCAAAAGUUAAUUAGAUUUAAACUGGUAUUUAGUAUAAUUUGAGUGCAACUUUCGUGGGAAUUUAAAAAAAAUGCGGGGGGCGGGGUUGAAAUUUUGCGGGUUAAGACAACCCGCACCAUUGCCAUCCCUAGCAGAGACAUGCUUAUUUUUUCCAACUUCAAACUAUUAGAUAAUUUAUCGAUAACCUUUUUGAUUUGUUGUCUGAGAAAUGUGGGGCAUAAUAAAGAAAACCUCAGGAAAUAGAGUUUUCAGUUAUAUCACUUCCCUAUAUUUCCUCAGGGGUUGGCCUGGUGGUAAUUGGCUUGAGCCUUGGGGUGCUCCCUUUCAAGGUCUCAAGUUCGAAACCCACUGGGUGCAAACAAUUUCUGAGGGCCAUCGGACUGGGGUAAAACCCUGAAUUACCCGUGGUGCACUUGCGGGAAACUCCUUGCCGAGGGCCUAUGCACCCCCGGGAUUAGUCGGGGUUCAAAGAGACCCGGACACCCGGUGCUUAAUCAAAAAAAAUAUUUCCUGUUGCAGAUUGCACAGGUGUGUAUAGUGUAUGUCAGUCUCUUGGUUGUGCUGGACCAACUCAAACAAUGCUUAUGCCUCAUUCCACCAGCCCUGAAGAUGAGAAAACAGUUAUUGAAUUUUCUGGUUCCAUGUUUCGCUCUCUAUCACAGUGCACAGCUCUCUACAAACAACCGAUCGAGCACGAGAAUGGCAGGCACCAAACCAAAAUCAAAGGUUGUUACUACUUGCUACCCCAGAUAUUUCGCCGAAGGGAACGAUAUUGGAAGAAGCGAACCUCUGAAAGUGGAGAAGUGUUCUGCUCUCCAACUGUGCAAAAUAUUAUGAUAAGCUUCCUGUAUGCAAUUCAGCCCUACUUGCUUCCGAUUUUUCACAGUACAAUUUCGUGUUGGGUUGGCUUCUUAAGAAAGUUUCUUUCCAUGGGGACCUUUUAUGUCCAUUAAGUACUUCAAUUCAUGGAAAUGAGUUAUUUAUUGAAACCAUUGUAAUCUUUGUUUGAUUGUUCUACAUUGGGAUGAGAAGAGAAGAUUCCCUUUGCCGGCACUUUUAUGUAGUUAAGCUUCGUCUGGUAUUCAAUGCUCUCUGUGUUGUAUGAAGUUAUGAACAUGAGAAUACUUGGUUGACGGUAAAGGCAGUCAAGAGUCCAAUACAUGAAUAUUGUAUUGGAAACAUCCAACUGAUUGAUUUGAGUGUUCAAUUAACACAUUCAAGAGUGCACAUCAAUGUGGAGGAAGGGGUAUUAAUACUGUAUUAAUGAUUAAAAGUUAAUGAUUCUUAUGAAGAUGGUCAGUCUGGGAAGUUAGACAAUUUUAUGAUCUAUCAAGUGACCUUGAAGUUAUUUUUGAUCCUAUACUACUGAAACAAAUGCUCUGUAACUAUGGUCCUUUUUAAAUGGAUGGGUGGUUGAAGUGGGCUUUAAGAAUUAUGAUUCAACAUAUUGGUAUUAAGAAUUUUACUGCUGCAAUUCAACGGUUUGAAAAUGUGGACUCAUUGUCAAGAAAACAUACUUAUGUUAUGGUACUAGUUUACUAUAUGAUGGGGAGUUCUGAAACAUAUCAGUUAUUCCUGGAAAAGUUUUAUGCGAACUUUCAGGAUUCCACCGAUGUUUGAGUUCUGGAGCUUAUACAACUCUUUGAAGCUACUGAUACAAGUGAUAAGGGAUAUUCUUCUGAGCUAGAGGUGGAAGUUUCAUUCUUGGGAAGGUUGGGAGAAUUUAGUGGAACUGCAAACUGACAGGAUACUGCUGAUGACAUUUCAAAUAAAAUAGAUGCAACUAAUAAGUUCACAAGUACUUUGAUAUUUUGAUUGCUCUAACAUCUACACAGUUGGUCUCUACUGUAUAUCUUGACCAGCAUAGAGAUUACACCAGAAGAUCUUUUGGCUGAGAAGUCUACUGUCUCUUGCUUCUUUGAAGUAUCCAGAAUUUGCUGAAUCUGAAUUCUAUGUCGAAACAUUGUUAGCCAUGUUAAGAGAAUGGGCGAGGCACUUCACCAAGGGAGACACUGAAAAGGAUUGUGGUAAGGUAUAUGAUGGUGAAUACACUUGGAGAAUGGUACUUAUAAGUUGAUUACAAGGGGGUUGCUAAGUUUUGGCAAACUUUGGGAAUUGACAGAUAGACCACUGAGUGUUUUUUAAUAAGAGUUUAGUUAAUUACAUAGUUUAGUAUGAAGAUGUUUAUAUUUUUAUUUUUGGUCCUCCUCAUUCACGUGUUCUGAAGAGAGGGUAUGUGUAUUGAACUAGCUGCUGUUUUGAGCUUAUGCAUGAGAAUUCCUAGUUA